UCCUCUGUUUUUGGUGCAGAUCAGCCAAAGUCAAGCGAGAGCAGGGUAAAAUGAUGGGAUAUUCAGCUAAGUGCCUGGACUUAACGAAAUAUUUGGACAGGGGAGAAUGUGUGGAUUGCCAAAUGAAAUGGAUAAAACCAGGAUAUGAAUUUAGUCCUAAUUGCGGCUUUUCUGACACCGACGGCCGACGUGAGAGACCCAUCCGAGAGUGUCCCCCCGCGCAUUAUAACAAUGGUACUUUCAAGAAGUGCCAGCCCUGCACGGCCUGUGGAGCUGGCUAUGAGACGGAGAGCGCCUGCAACUCGACCUCUGAUACAGUGUGUCGCCCGCAAACUACAACUAGAACACCAACCACCACCAGCAUUUCCCCCGUGAGUAUGACUGUCUCUACAGUUCAGCCCCAACCAGUCCCAACCCAAGGGUUUAUACGUGAAGACACACUAUGGAGAGUGGGCCUUCCAUUCGUCAUCUUAGCUUGCGUCAUGCUGGUUGCACUGUUUAUCUUCAUCUGCAGGAGGAGGAAAAGAGGUCCGCACUAUAGUCACAAAAUUUCAACAGAGGCAUUAUCACCCUCAAAUGAAGAUUUUGCUGUGCUAUGGCAACCUGAGAGCAAGGGUCUGGAGCACAUUCUGAGUCCAGGAGUCUACUCGGCACCUCUACAGACAGUGCUGGACAACCUGGAUGUUUUGGAGGAGCUGGUGAUCCUGCUGGAUCCAGAGGUCCAAAGUGUGAAAAACACUAGACACCUGGCAUCUCGCUGCUCCUAUUCCUCUUCCUGGAUCACUUAUACCUACUCCAUGAAGGACAAGAGCCCCCUGAAAGCCAUGCUGGAGGGGGUCACCACCAAGCACCCAGAGUGGACAGUAGGGCAUCUGGCCAAGCUGCUCAGAGACAUAGAUCGCAAUGACGCCAUAGCAGUUCUCGCCAAGCUCAAAGUGAAAAAUGAGGUGGUGUAGUAUCCCUUAAUCGGAUAUGCUUUUGCCAACCAUCUCACUGUCAAAGGCUUACUGCUGCUUCUAACAAAGCAUCCUAUUCAAUACAGCAGACCCUGUAAAGUUAAUUAGUGUAUGCUGGAAAUCUCAUGAGUUUAGCUUCAUAUGCAUAUUUUCACCAAUUACAAUAUACUGCUGUUUAACCUUUUGUUCAACUUAUUGUCUUUUUGAUGUCAUACAAGAGUGAUUUGAUCAAACAUCUUAACAUCUUUAUUAAGCAAAUAACAUUAUAAAUAAAAAAGUGCAUAGAAAAUUAAACAGGUUUAGAAAUAUGUAUACAAUUAUUUACAAACAAAGGUUUAUUUGUACAUGGUAACAAAGACGUAUAUUUAAA